UAAAAAGUCAUUGAGCGAGUCAUAACAGCCGCAACUUGUUGGAUUAAAGCGAGGGCCACAGCGCUACAGUCACUCGCGUGUUUAAGCUCUCCGUGGCGGUAACAUUAUUUUUCUCUUUGACCGAGACUUGGUGAAUUGAUAGGCCGUCAGUAUGGCCGUUUGUACCGAUCGUUCGACCCAGAUCUUGACUGCUUCUCACCCCGGACGGGCCAUGGAUAUGGUGAACGUGGCGCAGAGGGCAAUGAAUGCCAAAGUCACAUCGACAUCAAGUCGCAUCUUAGACAUCCCGUGCAAGGUUUGCGGUGACCGUAGCUCGGGCAAGCACUACGGGGUCUACGCCUGCGACGGCUGCAGUGGGUUCUUCAAGCGAAGCAUACGGAGGAACCGCACCUACGCCUGCAAGAACCGCAGCGGCGGACCCUGCCCGAUCGACAAGACUCAUCGCAACCAGUGUCGGGCGUGUCGACUCAAGAAGUGUAUCGAGGUCGACAUGAACAAGGAUGCCGUGCAGCAUGAGAGGGGCCCUCGUAACUCCACCAUCCGCAAACAAAUGGCGCUUUACCUGAAGGAAUCGGCAGCGGCCGCCACCGAUGUAGCCAGCCCGUUAGUUGCCGCUUAUCCUCCCCAUGCCACUACCGUGAUUAGUCCGCUCGGCGGUACGGAGACCUACGGGCCGCUGAUAGUCAGUACGUCGGAGUACGCGCUGUCCGCCGGGCCGUUCCCUUGCUACCCUACACCAAAGCACUACCCACGAGACUACAUUCGCACGAUCCACAGUAGUGUGGAAACGGUGUGCGAGACGGCGGCCAGACUACUCUUCAUGAGCGUCAAAUGGGCCAAGAACGUACCAGCCUUUGUUUCACUACCACUGCGAGAUCAGUUGCUUCUUUUAGAGGAAGGCUGGAGGGAAUUAUUCAUACUGGGUGCGGCUCAGUGGCAUAUGACAUUAGAUGCUACAGCUCUCCUAAAUGCUACCGGUAUGCAACCUGAGAACACGCCAGCAGAGAAAUUGGCUGCGAUAUCCAGCGAAUUGAGAGUGUUGGAAGAAAUCAUUGUCAAGUUGAGACAGCUGGAGGUGGAUGCGACCGAGUACGCAUGUCUGAAGGGCAUCGUCGUCUUCAAGACAGAUAUUUCUGGUGUAGAGGAGACUGCCUCAGUGGCCAGCCUCCAGGACCAAUCACAACUGACGCUCAGCAAGUACAUCACGAUACGCCAUCCGGCCCAACCCUUCCGCUUCGGCAAGCUGCUGCUACUGCUGCCGACCCUACGCGCCGUGCGGCCCAGCACGCUAGAGACACUGUUCUUCCGUCAGACCAUCGGUACCAUGCCCAUGAACAGACUGCUCUGUGAUCUCUACAAAGCUCACGAAUUCUAGAACCCUAAAAUGUUUUCUGAAGCCAAAUUUAGUGCCUUGAUCUGUUAUCAUUCCAAAGAUUAUGUAGAUUAAAGUGUUUCUUAAAAGAAUUACCAAAAAUGAUUGGAUAUCUAAUCACAAAAACUGUCGUAUCAUUUUGACCAUAUUAAAGCACAAUUCUGGGUCAACAAUUAUUUACCUAUAAAUAUUUGUUUCCAGACAAACGUUUGUGUUCAAAUUUCACUUUAACAAGUCUGAUUAUAAUAAUGGUAGCAUUUCGAUACCACAAUCCGACUAAAAGGUAAUUAUACGCGGUAUCAAACGCGGAAAGAAUGUUGCAACCUGACGCCGAUUUUUUUUUCUUCAUAUAUCAUCUCAGUGAAAGUCAGUCAUUGCAAAAAUAAUAAGACAUGAAUCUGGGACUGAGAAACAUUUGCAAUUGAACACAACCGCUGAAGUGGCGUCAGGUUACAACAUUCUUUCCUCAAACUCACAUUAAUUGUUCAUGUCCUAACUGGUUUCACAAAGUUUUGUCUGCCUUAAGUCUGUCACACGCCAACAGAGGGCGUUCAUCCUUAUGUUCAACAAAAGUAAUGACUGAUAAUAAUCACUAAAACAUGACGAUCUUUUAUAAUCCCAAUUUUUCUAAUUAUGUGGAAUAAAAAAGUUCAACCUCUUUUUUUUUAGUUGCUUUGCAAAUUUGCGUAGAAAUUUUACCUUGGAGUUGUGUUUAAGAAAGAUGAAAAAUGCAGAUGCUAGCCUAAACAAAAAGUAAAAAAUAAUCAGACUUUUAUUGCACUUGUAGAGACAUCUAACUUGCACAGAAUUCAGCGCAGGAGAGGCUUUGUAAAAACGAAAAGUGUACAUUUUAUAAUUGAUAGUGUAAAUACUGAUUUUUGUAACUGAUUUUUAGUUUCACUUUUGUAAGACGAAAAACAAAAUUCAGGGCACAGAUGUUAUUACAAAGAGAAAAAUGAAAUAGAAUUUUGACAGUGCCUUAAGUAGGACAAGGACAGAUUUAUGAAUAAAGAUUUUUUUGUGCCAAUUUGGAAAGAGAA